CCAAAUACUCAAGCCGUUGACAUGUCAAGUGUCGAAGCCGUCCUUGAAACGCAAGUGUUGUUACUGUUCAACGAUUUUUCAUAGAGCACUGGCUCCAAACUCGGUUGAACGAGUUUUGGUUUUUUUUUGGCGGAGUAAUACACGGCUCGUCAGCCCAGGUGCUCAACUCGUCUAGCACUCGGUUAAUCUUCGCAGUCGCUGACACAGCUUUGCGGCACAAGACUUGACUGGCCGGCAUUUCCGGAAACGUUUUAGGAUUUGGACAACCUCCCCAAAGGCAAGGGUGGCACGGGAACGAGAAUGGCCACCGACCAGGAGCCCUCAUUCACUGUCAAGAUGGCCCAACUGAUGCUGCUCUCCACUUACUGGGGAAUGCAAAUUUGGGUCACCUUCAUUUCAAGUUUUGUGAUGGACAACCACCUGAACAGACACACGUACGGCUUUAUUCAGAGCCGCCUGGUCCCGUUUUAUCUUCACCUGGGUUCUGCCUGUGCCUUCUUCAACCUCACGAUUUACGCCGUGUACCAUCCUAGCGACAUGCUGGACGAGCGAGAGGCCUUCCAGAUUUUCAUCUUCUUCGUCUCGGUAACAGUGGCGGCCGUCAACGCCCAGUGGUUCGGCCAGAUGACGUCAGAGAUCAUGGCAGACAUGCACCUGGUGGAGCAAGCUUGCGGACUGGGACAAGACAUCGGCCUGUCGUCCAACCGUGAGGCCUACGCCAAAUUGCGCGAGACGGACGCCAAGUACCGCCACCUCAGCGGGCGACUGCGCCUCUACCGGCUGCUGUCGUCGCUGUGCAACGUAUGCUGCUUGGCCUGCAACUUCUGCAGCCUGAGUUACAUGGCCGAAAACCUCAGCACGCUGUGACGCGGAAGCGACGUCGCUUUGUUUUUAGGAGGAAGCUGUAAGUUAUGAAUUUAAUGAAUCCUUUUUUUUUCUCCGUGCGUGGUUAAAACAUUCUUGGGAAAGUUAACUUAGGAGGCCACCAAAGAAGGCUGGUGAUGGCAAAAAAAAAAAACAUGGGAUAACCAAUCAUCCUGCUUCUGUGAAUUUACAUGGGUUUACCAUUGGUAGACAUUAAUUCAAUCCAUUUGAAUUGAGAGUUUGUGAGCAAAUGCAUCUUUGUUCAUCGCUGCCAACCUCUCACUUCAAAAGGAUUGGACGUCUGUUGCUGUCAAUGGCAGCCAAUGAGUUUAAGCAUCAAUGGUUUUCUUUGCCGUGUUAAAACUCAAUGGUGAUUGACGGUAUAUAUUGUUGCAAAGCUAUACACAAUCACACAAAUAUACACCAUGUAGCCUAUAUAUCGAUCCAAAGAAAAAAAAAUUGAAAAACAACAUUUAUAAGGGUAAAUAUAUGAAAAAGAACAUCUCGACCACUCCUUGAUGUCUGCAUCGCGACCCUUGUUAUAUUACCAUGUUUCACCCAUAAAAUCCCCCAAAAAUCCAGCGGUGGCCAUUCACAGCUGUGUCUCGACACUCAGUGAUACAUGCUACAUGGAGUUUUUGGAUCAAAACAAGGCGAUAAUAUCUCGUUAUCCCUUUCUUAAUCGUAUUUUUUUAUGACAGUGGUUAAGCUAUACACAAUCACACAGAUAUACACCAUGUAGCCUAUAUACAGUAUUAGGUUUAGGCAAUAAUUAAAUUGCGGUAAUAAAUCACACUACCAUACACACAAAGCUACAGCAAAUUCAAAGGUAGUUUAUACUGUACAAUAAUGACGGACAUAUCCAAAUCUGUCCUUCCAUCUUCCUGUCCCUUCGGUAAAUGAAGUCAUAAUGCACUUGUGAUGUUACUGAUAGCUAGGUAGACUAUCGACGUCUUCUUAAAAUAAUCGCCAAAGUCAUUUCCCAAAGAUUUUUCAGGAAACACAAAAAAUGAACCUUUAAAGUUUUAGUAAAAAGUGACAUCAGCAGUUACUUUACAAGGGUGACGAUAUGUAGUAACAUAUUAAGUCAUUGUAUGUGGUGGAAAACACAGACAAGACUGAAAAAGCAGUUUCUUCUCUUGCAAGCCUCUUCAAAAUAAACUGCUGUAUUUUAAGCCAAAAGAAUUGUUGUGUUUGAAAGAACAAUAUGUAUAUAUGCUGCCAUAGCAGAUUCAUGGCACCUUAAGCCCCCGAACCAUUUUUAAUUUGUCCGUUUUACCCUCAAAACCCCUGUUUACAGACGUCGUGCAACUGCUUUUGUUUCAACCCAUCCAUAAAACCUAGGUAAUUAAUUGUUUUUAUUAUUCAAAAUGUCUGUCAUUUUUAGCUUAAAAUCAUUAAUUGAUGUCUAAUAUCUCGUUUAAAAAAAAAAAAAGACAAAAUUAUUCACUUGCAUAUUUUAAAUGUUAAAACAAAUUACGUCACGAUGAAAAAAAUGGCGUCUGUAAAAAAGUCACGGAUAUCUACCUCAUAACUAUCGCUUAAUUGUAUUUUUUUUGUUACUAUCGCAUUUUCUCCGAUAUGUUAGAUGAUAAAUAAUCGAUCCAAAGAAAAAUUGAAAAACAACAUUUAUAAGGGUAAAUAUAUGAAAAAGAACAUCUCGACCACUCCUUGAUGUCUGUGAUUUCUGCAUCGCGAUCCUUGUUAUAUUACCAUGUUUCACCCAUAAAAUACCCCCAAAAUCCAGCUGUGGCCAUUCACAGCUAUGUCUCGACACUCAGUGAUACAUGCUACGUGGAGUUUUUGGAUCGAAACAAGAUAUGUACGCGAUAAUAUCUCGUUAUGCUUUUCUUCAUUGUAUUUUUUUAUGACGGUUAAGCCCGCCUGCUGCCGAGUUCAAGCUAGGCGCUAACGUUUAUGAACAUCUACAUCACUGCCGCCUUGCGUACCGCUCUUGCUCUUUGCUGACGUAAUUGCUUCAUUAAUUUCGAUUUGGGAGACUUGACUGUUCAGACUGCCGACACAUUCUGGAAAAAUGUGGCCCAGAUCGGAUUUGAUUCACAUACGAAAGUGACCCAGAUCGGAUUUGAAAUGGUUCACUUGUAUGCGACUUGUCCCGUUCAGACAGUCAAGGUAAAUGCCUCACUUGAGUCGGAAAAACACACAAAAAAUCGUCCAUUAAGACCCGCAGUAUGAACAUAGCCUCAGUGAUUUUAAAAAGGCUUUUUCUUUGGUAGCUCUGAUUUCAAUGCGCGAUUAAAAUAAUUGGAUUCAAUAAUUUGUGAGGUAACUGAAUUAACUAGUGGACUUGCCUAAAACACACACAUCCACACACCACAAUAUAUCAUUACAUCAAAUGAAGUCGAAAUAGGCCAGUUAAAGGAGAUACCAUAACUAAUGCAUAUUCUAUCAAACAGGCUUGCUGAACCAGUGGCGGAACAAAUGUUAACAGGGCCCUGGUGCGAGGAGUAUAAGUGCCCAAAACAUGAAUUUGAUGCGAAAAUUUAAUUUGUAUGACCAUGAAAAAUUCACUUGGCCUGAAUUUAUGUUUUGAAAUAUAUAUCAGUUAGGGCUGUCAAAAUUAUCGCGUUAACGGGCGGUAAUUAAUUUUUGUAAUUAAUCACGUUAAAGUAUUUGAUGCAAUUAACGCACAAAUGCCCCGCUCAAACACAUUAAAAUGACAGCACAGUGAAAUGUGUACUUGCUGUGUUUUUCGGAGUUUUGUCGCCCUCUGCUGGCGCUUGGGUACGACUGAUUUUAUAGGCUUCAGCACCCAUGAGCAUUGUGUAAGUAAUUAUUGACAUCAACAAUGGCGGGCUACUAGUUUAUUUUUUGAUUGAAAAUUUUACAAAUUUUAUUAAAACAAAAACAUUAAGAGGGGUUUUAAUAUUAAAUUUCUAUAACUUGUAGUAACAUUUAUCUUUUAAGAACUACAUUUUACCAAGGUUCACAUAGUUCAUGCAAUUCAUUCACGCUGCUCAGUCCUGCUACUCCGGUUUGGGCAGAACGAACAACCAUCAGCAAGAUUGGGUUGAGGUUUCCCUCCAGAUAGACUUCAUAACAAGUCUAUGCUCUCAACUUCUCUAGAUUUAUCAUAUAAAUUGUUUGUUGUCUGACCAAGAUUAACUCUACAUCCAGUGAGUAGAUGUCCAAUCCAUUUGAACUGGGAGGGUCAAUUUGUUGCCAACCAGACCAUUUACCGCUGUCAAUAAGAGUUACUAAAUGCAAAUCAAAAAAUAUUUACAAACCAGACUAGGGUGAAUGCGAACAAUGGCAAGGUGAAGAUACGUGAAAAAUUAAACCAUAAACAAAAAAACUAUCGAUUAAAUAUAACAUUUUACGCAUAAAUAAAGAGAAAAUGCUCACCAUUCAUUUUGACUCGUCGGCCAACAAUCAAUCACUGUUGCCUUUUUGUUCGUAUUCCAUUCUUCUCACUUUUUGACUGAUGCCGACAUAUUUUGCUUGAGCCAUACUAAGCAGCUAGGACAAGGAAACGAAUCACUUUACUACAAAGUUCCACGUCUGCCAGUGUGUGCCAGCAGCUUCCAGGGUUCUGCUCGUGCUACAUCACAAAGUCCAUUUGUUGUUCAUCAUCACACUUCUUUGCCAUCACUGUCUGUCUUUCGUGGCAUCACAAAAAGAAAAAAGUGACAUCACGUGAUGAUGUCACAUACUUACUGUAUGUCAUCCCCAAAAAUUCUUAACUUGAGAGGCAGUUAUGGGCCUGGUAUGUACUCAUUAGGAAUGUCCCGAUCCGAUCACGUGAUCGGAAAUUAGGCCGAUCGCACCAUUUUUCAGAGGAUCGUAAUUUCAGUUAAAAAGUAUAUUUGUUUUUCAGCUUCAUGCUUGUACAGCCUCUCACUUUCCCUCGAGUUGGCUAUUUAUAAAGUUAACGAUGGAAAGACUCCACCAUCAGUUGACAAGACAGCUCCCACAGACAUUGCGCCAUGCCUUUCCGUAGGAGGCCGACCUAGGCAGAACGUUGAGUUGGCUUUCACUGUGAUAAACUCUAAACACAAGCUGCGUUGUAACGCCAGAUUUAGGUGGAAAUAGGACGAAGGUUUUACUGCAUACAAGCAGGUAGGAGUGUCUCGAGUGAUUUGGUCGAGGAUUCAAGGUAAACAUUAUAUUUUCUGCACCGUGCAUUCACUUUGAAACAAAAAUUAGCCUAACUUCAGCUUAAAAUAUUUACAUAAAAAUGAAUGAUAACUGCCCGUUUUUUUGCUUUUAACCAAGAGUCGAGACUGUUUCACAUUCAUAUAGAAAUUCCACAAUUUAAGAAUUUUUUUACAAGAAUUUUUAACUCGAAAAGCUCCUUGUUUCGUGACGGCCGCCAUGUUGGAUUACACAAUACUGUUAGUGUUGCUUGAAAUAUGUAAAAUGAACGAUAACUGCCCGUUUUUUGCUUUUAACCAAUAAUCUAGACUGUUUUACGUUCAUAUUUAUAGAAAUUCCAUGAUUUAAGCAUUUAUUUACAAGAAUUUUCAACUCAAAAAGCUGUUUCGUGACGACCGCCAUGUUGGAUUACACAAUAUUGUAACUUAAAAUAUUUACGUAAAAUAAACGAUAACUGCCCGUUUUUUUUGCUUUUAACCAAAAAUUUAGGCUGUUUUACGUUCAUAUCUAGAAAUUCCACAAUUUAAACAUUUAUUUACAGGAACUUUCAACUCAGAAAUACUCGUUUCGUGACGGCCGCCAUGUUGGAUUACACAAUACCGUAACUUUUGCUUGAAAUAUUUACGUAAAAUGAACAAUAAUUGCCGUUUUUUGUUGUUGUUUUUUUUUAAAUUUUGCUUUUAACCAAGAAUCUAGACUGUUUUACAUUCAUAUCUAUAGAAAUUCCGCAAUUUAAGAAUUUUCAACUUAAAAAAAGGCUUUGUUUUGUGACGGCCGCCAUGUUGGAUUUUGUAUCGCCAAACAAUAGUGGAAUUCAACCUAAAUCAGUGUGAUUGUAUAUGGAAAAAUGAUAAUUUUGCUUUUGUUGAGUAAAAUGAAGAUGAUUCUGCAUGCUUUCCUCCAGUAUGAAGUUUCGGAUAUGAAAAUUUAUUAGCUGUUGAAAACUUUAAAAAAAAAAAAAAAAAAAAUUGCUAUUUUUGGCAAAAAUUUAUAUAUGUUAAAUGUUGCUAUUGAUCUUGAAAAUAUAGGUGAUUAUCUCUGGAUCUGGUGAUUUUUGUGCAUUCAGCAAAAGAGAAUUUGAGCCAUUUCAUGUUUUGUUAUACUUGUAUAAAAAAAUAAUUGGGAUUUUAUUAGGGAACGACUUUCAUUUUUUGAUGUCGCUGCUCAUAGAAAGUUGUAUAUUUCGGUUUUAGGUAAGUUUUUGAAAAUAGGCCCCCUACAGAUCGGCCCAGAGCCCCGACCUCUGAUAGUGAAGUCUAUGAACGAUGUUUGACAGGGAUGAAGGUUUGCCAGAGAAGCUUGGUAGCUCUUCUAUCAAAGCCCUGAAUGCGUCAAUCAUCGUUUAGCUAGUUAAACACUAGUGGUAGUGUGUUGUGGCAACUCAUUGUGUCAGUGAGAGGCUGCUCACAGCAGCGUGAGCGGAUUUGAGUGGGUUCACUCAAUGAAGCAUUUAAUAAAGACAAGCAUUUUUUUCUACGUUAUUCUUGUUUAAAAAUAAUUUACAUUAUGAAGGCGUCACAAUGGGACAGUAACAUAUUUAAACCUCAGUGAAGUUGUCCCCCCAUCAGAUGGGGAUUGACUCCAUUUUUAGCUUUUUUUAAUCAAAAUUGGGGGCCAACUUCACAGAGGUCAAGUUCAAAACUUUUUUUUUUUUAAACGGAUCGGGACUAUCAGCAGAUUCUCAAUCAGAUGACUGACUAUAGAUAUAAUGGAUGUCAUUUGCUGAGCAUAGUAAGUGGAAAGAGGUGAGAAACUCAAUGCCAUUUUUGUUUUGUGCCAGUUGUAGUC